UUUUGUCUGCCUGAUGUGUGUGAGGUGAGAAGCAGCCACCUUUUAGAGCACUCGACAGUACUUCUUACCUCCACUCUCACACGUAGAUAGAUAUCUCUGGAUGGCUGCUGCUGCGCACUGCGUCAAAGUCGACCACUGCUCCAAUUCAGCUUGAUUUCUCUCCCAGUCCGCUCCCCCUUGUUCUCUUCCUUUCUCCGCUGCCGCUGCGGAGCCUGAGCACUGGCAAUCGAGCAGCACUGGAAUGAGAACUCGCCAGAAGAAAGUUAAGAUCAAAGAUCGCAGCGUUUCAGCACCGGCAAUAUAUAUGUUUGUGCAGCAGGCUACUGCGGCUUGAUUGCAUUGCCAGAUCUGCGACGAGUUUCCGAGAGCAAAGGCUCAAGAGCAGCAAGCAGGAUAUAUACAGCCUGCACGGCAAGAGAUCGAGCAGAGUCAAGGAAGGACAAAGCAGACAAAUGGGUACCUGGAAUUAAGGCGUAUUUCACUGCACAUUUCCAUCCAUUUCAUCCAUAGAGGUAUAUGGUUGAUUAGCCUGCACAAUCAAAAGAAAGUUAGAAAGACAAAAAAAAAAAGGAAAAAAGAAAAAAGAAAAAAGGAGAAGAGAGAGAGGGAGGACAAGAAGAGAAGCAGGAGAAGAAGAAAGAGAAAAGAGUUAAUGGACUUGCUUCACCAAAACUCAUCUUCUCCUGGCCUUGGCAUUUGCAGCAGCCUUGGCGUCCUCUCCCCGGAUAACAGGAUGCCAUCCAGCUACAACAGCAGCGGUACAAGCUCCGGCCCACUCUCUCCUAAUCUUUCCUCGAUGAAGCAAUGCAGAUCCAGCUCCGAUGUCGAAGUCGACGCCCGGGACGAUGGCGGCCCGCUCAAGCUGGCCCGCAAGGACUCCUUCUCAUACUCGAGGCCUUCAGCAGCGGAACAGCACCAGCAGCACCAGCACUCCCAGCAGCAGCAGCAGCAGCAGCAGCACGUUGGCAAGCUCAACAUGAACUCUGGUGGCGGAGGUGGUGCUCCUGCUGCUGCUGCUGCAAAUAAUAAUAAUAAUGGACCAGCUGGAAGCCACUCGUUUUCAGGAGAUAAUGGUGGCAGCCGUAUCGCCUGCUCUCCCACAAACUCUUGCUUGUCCGAUGGAGUACUCGUCGCAAGUGACGCUGCUGCUGCUGCCAAUCUCAUGGGAGGAGACACCCGGAUGCUGAGGAGCGAUGCAAUGGCCAGCCCCGGCUCCAGUUACAAUCUCGCUGCUGCCAACUCCAACAUGAGGCCUUUCUCGUAUCAAUCGUAUCAGUAUCCUGGAGCUUCCGGCUCGCCGCUCAUGUUGGCUGCUGCAGCUGCCGCUAGAGGAGACCACCUAGGAAUGCAGAGCGCAAUGAGCAUGCGCGGUCCUUUCACUGCGAACCAGUGGGCCGAGCUAGAACACCAGGCGCUGAUUUUCAAGUACAUGAUGGCUGGUGCCAGCGUGCCCCCCGAGCUGCUCAAUCCAAUCAGGCGCAGCGUUGCAUUGAAUAAUCUCGCGUCUUCGCAUCCGUCGCUAAGAAUGGGCUGGGGAAACUUCCACCUUGGAAUUCCGAACAAUCCCGACCCGGAGCCUGGUCGGUGCCGACGAACAGACGGCAAGAAGUGGAGGUGCUCCAGGGAAGUCGUCCCGGACCAAAAGUACUGCGAUCGUCAUAUGCACCGGGGCCGUAACAGGUCCAAGAAGAACGCCGAGAACCAGGCAGCAGCAGCAGCUGCAGCGGCGGCGGCGAAUUCCCAGUCGGCGGCAGCUGCUGCCGCAGGUGGAAACACCACCACCCAGUCAGCGACCAACGUCGGUGGUGUCGUCCAAAGCUCGGGCUUGAAUCAGAUCCACAGCAGCUUGCGGCCACCUCUGGGCAUGAACGGACAGAAUCAUCACCAGCAUCCGUCGGUCGGAGCAGCAGCGGCAGCAGCAGCAGCAGCUUCCCCUUUCAACUCGGGCACCCCCACCAAGUCCAACUUCAGUUCCCUCCCUACGGGCAUUCCCAGCGGGAACAACUCUGGCAGCUCCCUGCAGUUCCCAAUGCAGUCUCUCUCUGGUGCAUCUCCUGGAGGGAACAAAGACUACAGGUACAUGAGUGGAAUGAGUAAGCCAGAGCUGGGAUUGGGACCUGAGCAGCUGCUAUUCUCAGAUUCCCCACUUUCUUCCGUGCAUCACCAAUGGCAGCAAAACUUCCAGAGUAAAUUCCCACGACUAAGCAGCAGCAGCAGCAACAACAGCCCCAGUUCACCUCUGUACCCCCAGCACCACCAGCACCAGCACCAGCACCAGCACCAGCAGCAGGAACUUAGAUCACUGUCAGGCCAGCAGCAUUUUGAAAUGCCUGAAGCAAGCCAGAUUAACCACCUCUCACAACCUUUACUAGGCCCUGGGUACGGGGGAGGACCUACAGCAGCAGCAGCAGCAGCAGCAGGACUGGAGCAUGUUGGGAGGGACUGCGAAGAACAGCCACUCCGCCACUUCUUUGACGACUGGCCCCGUCAGAGGGACCCCUCCACAAUCUCCUGGAAUGACAUAGAAGACGAUCAGAAACAGCACCAACACCAAAACCAACAGCGAGCAGCAACACCACCCACGGCAGUAACAGCACCCGGAGCAGGAGGAACCACAACAAUCCCAAGAACAACGUCCGCAACACAGCUCUCAAUCUCCUUACCAAUGUCAUCGUCGGACUUCCGCGUCGCCACCUCUCCACGAGGAAAGUUAUCGCUCUCCCCGCUCAAGCUCUCCAUGUCCAGGAGCGAGUUCGAGGAAGACCAGCUCGGUGGCGAUCCAACGAGAAUGGGACUCGGUGUUGGCCUCGGCGGUGGAAGCCGGCAGCAGCAGCAGCAGCAGCAGCAAACCUGGAUGCAAUCUUUAGAAGGUGGUCCACUAGCCGAGGUUCUCCAAUCCAGCACACCUCGCGAUCACUGCAAGAGCUCACCUGGACUUAACUUACUUGGCGAUGGCUGGGAGAGCAGCUCCAGGGAGACGUCCCGGAUGCCAUCUCCAACCGCGGUGCUCACCAAGACUCCCUUUGGAUCGUUCUCCGACAGCAGCAGCAAUGCCAGUAGCCCCCGCGCAGUUCAUGCAGAGGCGUUGCUCGGAAACGCUGGUUCCAAGCAACUCACCUCGUGAAAGAAAGAAGAAUGCGCGGAAGGAAUGACCGACCGACCGAUCGCCCCUCUCCUGCUUGCUAAUCUCUCCUCGAUCUCACUGUUGUUUCUUCUUUUGACAUGUACCAGUACAAGAAAAACGAAAACAUUCAUUAUAAGCGCU